AUGGACGUGCCUGCUGGAAAAAGAGCCUUGCUAAAAGUAAUCGUCCUUGGUGACAGUGGGGUGGGAAAGACAUCUUUGAUGAAUCAAUAUGUCUAUAACAAGUUCAUUGGACAAUAUAAAGCUACCAUUGGUGCUGAUUUUGUCACAAAAGAACUACAGAUUGACAACAAACAGGUCACUUUGCAGAUUUGGGACACUGCAGGGCAGGAAAGGUUCCAAAGUCUAGGGGCUGCAUUUUAUAGAGGGGCGGAAUGUUGUGUGCUUGUAUAUGAUGUAAAUGUACUAAAAUCAUUUGAAACACUAAACACUUGGCGUGAAGAGUUUCUCAAACAGGCUGAUCCGGCUGCACCCGACGAAUUUCCCUUUGUAUUACUUGGAAAUAAGAUUGACAUAGAUGGUGGAAACAGCAGAGUGGUUUCUGAAAAGCAAGCAAAGGAUUGGUGUGCUUCCAGAGGAAAUAUACCUUACUUUGAGACCUCAGCAAAAGAGGGCUACAAUGUUGGUGAAGCAUUUCUCUGUGUUGCAAGAACUGCACUAACUAAUGAACAAGGAUGUGAUCUGGACAAUUACUUCCAGGGUAUCUCAGAAUCUCUAUCAGGUAUUGAACAGAAAGGAUUUUGUGCAUGCUGAAGUUGCCCUUCAAGGAUUGCAUGUAUCUAUUUCAAGCCUAUGGGGUUGCUAUAAUUCUUUGAUUACUUUUGUUACUUUGAUUAAUUUUCGGGUGGAAUGAGGAGGAAUUUGAUCCUUUUCAUGUAUUCUUCAAUAUAGUUGUAAGGUGUCCAUUUUUCUACUUAAGAGACAAAGCAAUCAAGUUCGUGUGACA